AUGACACAGGGAAUAGAUACGAAAGCGAAAUGGAAUAAAUAUAUUUUGAUCUGGACGAAUUUCUAUUAUUAUCCUCAAAUCAAAAAGGAUAAAUUAUUAUUGCGAAACCUAAACUGUUCAAACAGUAAUUGUGUUUUGACAAAGAACAAAGCGCUCUUUGAUGAUUACACAAGAUUUGAUGCUAUACUUUUUAAUGACGACAUCCUCAUUUCCAAAGACAGACCACUGAUCCGAAAUCAUAGACAAAUAUAUAUUUUUAAUACAUUAGAAUCAUCUUAUUCUGUUCCAGCUUGCGAAGUAUAUAAUGAUGGAUUUUUCAAUUGGACUUUUACAUAUCGUCUUGACUCUGAUAUUGUGUCGAGUUACUUUGUAGUGAGAAAUCUUAAGGGAGCGAUUGUCGCCCCCAGGGUUUCAGUAAAGUGGCAUACAAGUUCUGGCCCUAUUGCUAAGAGAACAAGAGCUAUUUUAAGAGGGAAGAGAAAAGCAGCCGCCUGGCUUGUGAGCCACUGCAAAGCCGAUAGUUUAAGAGACGAAUAUCUGACGAGACUACAAGAGCACCUUUUCAAUUUUGGUUUGAAAAUCGAUGUGUAUGGUAAAUGUUCUCAUGUGAGCUGCCCUGAUGAUGACUGUGACCGAACGAUAAAGAAUAAUUACUACUUUUAUAUCGCUUUUGAAAACUCUUUAUCGGAGGACUACGUGACGGAGAAAGUUCUUCAUGGUUACAAUAAUUACGCUGUUCCUAUUGUUUAUGGAGGCGCUAACUACAGCAGAUUCCUGCCGCCGAGCUCGUAUAUAAACGCCCGUGAGAUGCAUCCAUACAAUUUGGCUUUCGCUAUGUACGAAGCCAUACAGACUCCGGUUUUAUAUGAAAAAUACUUCAAAUGGACUAAUUUAUACACGAUUUCAUCUGAUUUUAAAUCGAACCAUCCCUUAUGUAAACUCUGCUAUGAGUUAAAUCACAAUCAGAAACGUUCAAGCAAAGAAUAUUUUAGGAAAUGGUGGAAUGGUCUAAAUGGUAUGAAGUGGUGCCUUUCAAACGAGUACUGGACUGAAGCGUCGAAUGUUAAUAUUGAUGCGAGACAUAUUUUUAAUUUGUAUUAA